CUCAGAAUCCAUCUGAGAACAUGCUGCCACAAACAGCCCUUUUGCUGCUGAUGUCCUUGAACUUGGUUCAUGGAGCGUUUUAUGCUGAGAGAUACCAAACACCUACAGGCAUAAAAGGCCCAGUACCCAACACCAAGACACAGUUCUUCAUUCCCUAUGCCAUAAAGAGUAAAGGUAUAGCAGUAAGAGGAGAGCAAGGCAUUCCCGGUCCACCAGGCCCCACUGGACCUCGAGGGCACCCAGGUCCCUCUGGGCCACCAGGAAAACCAGGCUACGGAAGUCCUGGACCUCAAGGAGAGCCCGGAUUGCCAGGACCACCGGGACCAUCAGGCACUGGGAAGCCAGGCUUACCAGGACUGCCAGGAAAACCAGGGGAGAGAGGACCAUAUGGACCAAAAGGAGAUAUUGGACCAGCUGGUUUACCAGGACCACGGGGCCCACCAGGACCACCUGGAAUUCCCGGCCCAGCUGGAAUUUCUGUUUCAGGAAAACCCGGACAACAGGGAUCCCCAGGAGCUGUGGGACCCAGAGGCUUUCCUGGAGAAAAGGGUGCACCAGGGGUCCCUGGUGUGAAUGGACAGAAGGGGGAAACUGGAUACGGUGCUCCUGGCCGUCCAGGUGAGAGGGGCCUUCCAGGUCCUCAGGGUCCCAUGGGACCACCUGGGCCCCCUGGGGUGGGAAAAAGAGGUGAAAAUGGGUUUCCAGGACAGCCAGGUAUCAAAGGUGAUCGAGGCAUUCCAGGAGAAAGGGGACCAACUGGGCCCCCAGGCCCCCAAGGUCCUCCUGGGGAACGAGGACAAGAAGGCAUUGGAAAGACAGGAGCUGCUGGAGCCCCAGGCCAGCCAGGGGUUCCCGGAACCAAAGGUCAUCCUGGGGCUCCAGGAAUAGCGGGACCCCCAGGGCCUCCUGGCUUUGGGAAACCAGGCUUGCCAGGCCUGAAGGGGCAAAGAGGACCUGUUGGCCUUCCAGGGGGUCCAGGUGCCAAAGGAGAACAAGGCCCAGCGGGCCAUCCUGGGGAGCCAGGUCUGACUGGACCCCCUGGAAAUAUGGGACCCCAAGGACCAAAGGGCAUCCCAGGCAACCAUGGGAUCCCAGGCCCUAAAGGUGAGACAGGGCCGGUUGGGCCUGCAGGACGCCCUGGGGCUAAGGGAGAAAGGGGUUCCUCAGGUUUGGAUGGAAAACCAGGGUACCCAGGAGAACCUGGUCUCAAUGGUCCCAAGGGUCACCCAGGGUUACCAGGCCCGAAAGGUGAGCCUGGAGUGGGAGGAUCUCCUGGUCUCCCAGGCCCUGCGGGCCCAGCGGGAGCUAAGGGAAUGCCUGGACACAAUGGUGAGGCAGGUCCAAGAGGUGCUCCUGGAAUACCAGGUACCAGAGGCCCCAUUGGGCCACCCGGCAUUCCAGGAUUCCCUGGGUCUAAAGGGGAUCCAGGAACUCCAGGUCUUCCUGGGCCAGCUGGCAUAGCAACUAAGGGUCUCAAUGGACCCACCGGGCCACCAGGGCCUCCAGGUCCGAGAGGCCACGAUGGAGAGCCUGGCCUUCCAGGGCCCCCAGGUCCUCCAGGUCCCCCAGGCCAAGCAGCCCUUCCUGAGGGCUUUAUAAAGGCAGGCCAAAGGCCCAGUAUUUCUGGAAUGCCUCUUGUUAGUGCCAACCAGGGAGUAACAGGAAUGCCCGUGUCUGCUUUCACUGUUAUUCUCUCCAAAGCUUACCCAGCAAUAGGUACUCCCAUCCCAUUCGAUAAGAUUUUGUAUAACAAGCAACAGCAUUAUGACCCAAGAACUGGAAUCUUUACCUGCAAGAUACCGGGAAUAUACUAUUUCUCUUACCACGUGCAUGUCAAAGGGACCCAUGUUUGGGUAGGUCUGUAUAAGAAUGGCACCCCUGUAAUGUACACAUAUGAUGAAUACGCCAAGGGCUACUUGGAUCAGGCUUCAGGCAGUGCCGUCAUCGACCUCACAGAAAAUGACCAGGUGUGGCUCCAACUGCCCAACGCUGAGUCCAAUGGCCUGUACUCCUCUGAGUAUGUCCACUCCUCUUUCUCAGGGUUCCUAGUGGCUCCAAUGUGAGCAUAUUCCCACCAAGCUAAUAUAAAUCUGCUUGAAAAGGCAUUCCCCAACUUUACCCCACCCCACAAAAUGCAUAUGGAUGUAGGCUGAAAUGAUAUCACUCAUUUUAACUUUCCAAAGUACAGAUUUGAGCUUUCAGACCAACACAUUUUCUCUCUGAAAAAUCGAGCAGCA